AUGUCAAAUAAUAUUGACGAUAAUUUAAAUCCUAUUGAUGAUUGUUUAGCAUCUUCUUCAGCGAAUAAAAAAUCUAAUCCUGAAGGUCAGCCUCGAGCUGAAGUAUGGAAUUCCUAUACUAUUGAUACAAAAAAUAGAAAAUAUUAUUCUAUUCGAUGCCAAUAUUGUUCUAAGUAUUGGCAAAGAGGAAUCCCAUUCAUAAUGGAAUCACAUUUAGCUAAUGAAUGUUCUAAUUGUUCACAAGAAAAUCAAAAUUAUUGGCAAGAUAAAAUCAAUAAUCGAAAUAAUAAUUAUCAACGAACCUCUAAAACAAAAACAAAACAUACAACACAUGAUACAAAUAAUUUAAAAUCUCAUUCUAUUAACGUUAAUCAUCAAAAUUCACUUGAUCGUGCUGUAUUAAAAGCUUAG